CCCGCCGCGCCGCAGCAGCCCCCGCGCAUAUAGGGCCGCUCCGCCGCACGGGCCGCGCCGCCGCCGCCGCUCCAGGCAUGGCACAGGGCUCUACCUCACUAUGGCAGCAGCAGCAGCAGCGCGGCACAGCACCCUGGACUUUCUGCUCAGCGCCACAGCUGAUUGUAAUGCCGUUCUUAAAGCUCUACAGCCCAUUUUUCAGGAGCAGGGAAUGACAGAAACAGUUCAUAACUGGGAAGACCAUGGUUAUUUAGUAACCUACAUCAAAAAAAAUGGCAGUUUUGCCAAUUUGAGGAUUCACCCUCAUGGAUUAGUGCUGGUGGAUCUGCAGAGCUACAAUGAUCACAUGAAAGGAAGAGAGGAAGUUGAUCAGCUUCUAAACAAAGUAGAAGAAAGAAUGAAAGAAUUGUUUCAUGGUAAUAUAAAAAGGGUCAAACGGUUGCCAGCUAUUUUGAGAGGAGGUGUCAUUGAUAGAUACUGGCCCACAGCUGAUGGGCGYCUGGUGGAGUAUGACAUAGAUGAAGUUGUUUAUGAUGAAGAUUCACCUUUUCAGAAUAUUAAAAUUCUGCAUUCAAAACAGUUUGGGAAUAUUCUUAUUCUCAGUGGGGAUGUUAAUCUGGCAGAAAGUGACCUGGCAUAUACUCAAGCCAUAAUGGGCAGUGGAAAAGAAGACUACACUGGGAAAGAAGUGCUAAUCCUGGGAGGUGGUGAUGGAGGUAUACUGUGUGAGAUAGUCAAACUGAAGCCAAAGAUGGUUACUAUGGUAGAGAUUGACCAAAUGGUGAUUGACGGGUGUAAAAAACACAUGCGUAAAACGUGCGGAGAUGUCUUAGACAAUCUGAAAGGAGAGUGYUACCAGGUUCUAAUUGAAGACUGUAUUCCUGUAUUGAAGAGGUAUGCCAAAGAAGGAAGAAUGUUUGAUUAUGUAAUUAAUGAUCUGACGGCUGUUCCAAUCUCCACAUCUCCAGAAGAAGAUUCCACAUGGGAAUUUCUGCGGUUGAUUCUUGACCUCUCAAUGAAAGUCCUGAAACAAGAUGGAAAAUACUUCACACAGGGAAAUUGUAUCAAUCUGACUGAUGCCUUGACYCUGUAUGAAGAACAGCUGAGCAGGCUUUAUUGUCCUGUGGAGUUUUCAAAAGAAACUGUGUGCGUUCCCUCCUACAUGGAAUUAUGGGUAUUCUACACGAUUUGGAAGAAGCAGACUGACAUCUGAACAUCAAGAUUGAGAUUAUCCUAAAUGUACAUGCUGCAUGGAGCAUAUAGGCCUGCCACAUGCUGCAUAUUGGCAUCUUGAACCUUUAAAUUAUAUGCUGUAGAUGAUCCUGACACUUAGUCAUGCUAUUGAUUGUGAAUUCUUUAAAUGUUUUUUUUUAUUGUUAUUUUAAUUUAAAAGCAAAUGGAAAAUGUAUAUUUUGACGAGCUAGGGUGUUAUUUUUGGAAGUCAACGAUGAAUAAGCAGCAAAACUAUAUAGCUGCUSUCUGCACUGAACCUUUAGAAUGUGAUCCUUUUUAUUUUUUUGUAGAUCCUCACAAACUGGUUGAUUAAAAAAGACAUCUUUAGCAUUUCAUCCCUGAAGGGUGGUCCAUGGAGUCAUUGUUGUUUUCGUUUUUCCAACAGAUUUUUCAUCUAUGGUGCUUUUUAAUAGAUGGGAGAGGGUUUUUAUGUGGUUUUGGUUUUUGUUUGUGUUUUUUUAAUGAACACUGCAGUGCUUCCAUAUAGAGAAGGGCAUAACUAAACAGAAAAUCUUCUGAGAGGAUACUCCAAAUCCUUUGUUCCAAAGGGAAGAAAGCCAGUCUUAAACUUUUAUUUACCCUAUUUCAUUCAUCAUUGCUGUAAUCUCUGCUGCAGAAGAAUCUUUGGCCUUUUAACCCCUGAAAUUCUUUAGUUGCUGCCAUAUUGAUUCUUUUUGAUUCUGAUAUGGAUUUAAGAGUAGGUUUGUACUGAAGCAUGAAGAUCAAAGCUGGGUUUUCAUUCCACCACAGUGCACGAAGUUGUGUGUAAUGAGAUUCUUGUGGGCAUAUAUUCUCCCCAGAAUAUGGGAAGCACUAUAUUUUUGAAGCAAGGUAAGAAAUGUGGCUGUGCUGUGAUCAAUCUUUAUGUGCACCUGUACUGAAUGUUUUGAGGCAARUGUGUGUGUGCUGCAGUAGGGUCAGUGCUGGUUUUGCCACAGAUGGCCCAGAUUGUGUGAGGCUCUUUCUCAGAUUCACUUGCAGUGUAAAAAUCAGUGGAAGCAAGGUUGCAUUGUCGUUCUGUUCUGAAAGAGAAUGCUUUUUUUUUUUUAAAUCAGUUUCUUAUGUUGUCAAAAAUUAUAUUUUUGUAAGAAUUUGCUAUGUAUUGACUAAAAACUUUUGUGUUUAAAAAGCCCACUUGAAAGAACGUAGGRAAGAUAUAACCAUUAUGUGCAUUUUUUACUUUUCCAAGAUAGAAUAAAAAGUGCACUGUUUCCCUAAACAUUCCAAUCAUGAACAAUAAUGAUAUUUCAUUCAACAGCUAGUAUUAACAUUUGYUUAGUUUUAUUGGAGAAAGUUGAUUUACCCCCCCCCCCCCAAUAUAUUGUUAAUGAAAACAAACCAAAAAGCUGUCCUUUAUAUUCUUAAACCAUACAUAAAGAAAAAAAAUUAUUGCAUCCCACAUAUAUAAACUGUUUAUGGAAUCUGGGUAGCCAAUCAGAAUUCCAGACUGAUACUUGAAACCUUGCAAAAAUUUGCUUUUUCUUCGAUCUUUAAUUGGUCUAAAAUUGUUAAAAUGUUUUCACUUUGGAGAGCCAGUAGAAGCAUUUUUCAGUCCUACUAUUUUAAAUUAUCUCAUUUUAAUGUUAAUUCUCUAAUAUACAAGGGGUGCAGUUCUUCCAUUGCCUACAGCUUGUGCAUUAUUAAAUACUCCCAAAGAACAGAGCUUCCCUCUAAAUAGRAAUAAAGUGUCCUGCAUUUCCCUGAGUGUUUUAGCUCUGUUGUAGGCAUCCCAGAAAGUACCUUGAUAUAAUCUAGYAGAGACCCUUCAUUUAUGAUCCAGRACCACAAUCAAUUUAUUAUCUAGCUGCAAAUGAAUGCAGAUAUCCUGUAACCAGGUGUAUCCAUAACUUCUGCAAGCGUGAAUAUUUCCAUUGGUUCUUAGUGUGAUUGUGUAGGUGAAAUGAAGCACAGGGGACAGAGCUUGGACUGUCUGUGUUCCUGAGUGAGCCUGGUAGAUGUAGAAAUCAGUCUCAACCAGAGGGGUUGGUCAUCCCCCACAAUGACAUGGGGACCUGAAUAGCUUAUUCAUAGGUGAGAAGCAGCAGUGCUUGCAAAUUUUUCAGCUAAUAGAGUAUGGAGAGAGUUGGAAGAAUUACUUUUUUUUCUGUAACUUUUUUUUUUAAAUGUAGUGUUUUUGAAGUGAUAGAUGCAGUAWAAAGUAAUUCAGCAAACACUGAACAUUAUAUUUUUUUAAGUUGCUGAAUUGAUUCUGGCAAAUAUAUACACACUGUAAGUCUUUAUUUAUUUGUUGCUGUAGUGUAGAUUUUUUUUAAAAGAAAAACAAGUCUCUGUGUUAG